AUGCGCGCCGUGUAUUUGCUCCGUUCCGCCGCCCCUCAGGGCCGGGCCCGGGGCCGAGUUUACGUCGGGUUCACGGUGGAUCCGAGGCGGCGGCUCCGGCAGCACAACGGGGGAAGGGAAAUGGAACUUUUCGUCCACGGCUUCCCCUCUGACGUCGCCGCCCUCAGGUUCGAGUGGGCGUGGCAACACCCCAACGCCUCCCGCCGCCUGCUGGCCCCGCCCCCUCGCCUCCCCCGCGAGCAGCCAAUCAGCUUCCAGCUCCGCCUCUUGCCCCGCCUCCUCCGGGCCCCGCCUUGGUCCCGCCUCCCCCUGCGCCUGCGUUGGCUCCGCCCACAACGGCCCCGCUUGGAGUUGGCCCCGCCCCCUCACGUGGUGGAGGAGGAAGGGGCGGGGCCACCGCGCCUGAAAAGGAGAAAGGGGCGGGGCCAAGUGGUGGAGGGGGAGGAGGAGGAGGGGAAGGGGGCGGGGCUUAACGGGGUGGAGCUUAAAGCCCAGGCCACGCCCCUUUUGCGCUGUCCCCACCCCCAGUGCUCCAUGGCCGCCCAUCCCCCCUGCCUGGCUCGGCUCUUCCUGGCCCCGGAGCCGCUGCAGCUGCUGCCAGUAGGGGGCACCUGUCCCAGCUGCCACGCCCCCCUCCUUUGGGGGGAUCUGAUUCGUCGCUGCCUCGGGGAGGCGGAGCCGGAAGAGGAUUGGUCGGAGCCCGAUGACGUCAUCAUCCCCAGCUCCGCCCCGACGUGAAGCCACGCCCACUUUUAGAACAUUUUAAUUAAUUUAUUUGUAAUAAAGUCAAUUUAUUUAU